GCCUUCGGCACGGCCGCCUUCGCCAGCACCUCGGCCGGCCCUCCGCAGAGCAACGGGGGCGGGGGUGGCAAGCAGAGUAAGCAAGAAAUUCACAGAAGGUCUGCUCGGCUCAGAAAUACCAAAUACAAAUCUGCUCCAGCUGCUGAAAAGAAAGUUUCCACUAAAGGAAAAGGGAGAAGGCACAUUUUUAAAUUAAAAAACCCUAUCAAAGCUCCUGAAUCUGUUUCUACCAUAAUUACUGCAGAGUCAAUCUUCUACAAGGGAGUGUAUUACCAAAUUGGUGAUGUUGUUUCCGUGAUUGAUGAGCAAGAUGGAAAGCCGUACUAUGCUCAGAUCAGGGGUUUUAUUCAGGACCAGUACUGUGAGAAGAGCGCAGCACUGACCUGGCUCAUUCCUACCCUUGCCAGCCCCAGAGACCAGUUUGAUCCUGCGUCCUAUAUCAUAGGGCCAGAGGAAGAUCUUCCAAGGAAGAUGGAAUACCUGGAAUUUGUUUGCCACGCACCUUCUGAGUAUUUCAAGUCAAGGUCGUCACCAUUUCCUACAGUUCCCACCAGACCAGAGAAAGGCUACAUAUGGACUCAUGUUGGACCUACUCCUGCAAUAACUAUUAAAGAAACAGUUGCCAACCACUUAUAGUUACAAAGCCAAACCUGAGGCAUGUUUAAUUAGCAUGUUUGAAGCUUUGGUUUUAAUCCCUAGAACAUACACACACACCCCAAAAUAAAACCAGAUUUCCAUUUUUCUUUUAUUUUACUAUAAUGAGAUAUGCCACACAGUUUUCUCUUAAAAUUUUUUUUCUUUAAGUUUUUGAGACAGGAUCUCACUGUGUAGCCCAGGCUGGCCUGAUCUCAAGAUGAGAUGCCCUGCUUCUUCCUUGAGUGCUGGGAUUACAGAUGUGUUACACCAUAGCUAGUUAAUACUUCUUUCAUGAAGCUCCCACGUGGAUACAUGACUUGAGAAAGUUUUUUUUUUUUUUUUUUUUUUUUUUUUUUUUUUUUUUUUCGAGACAGGGUUUCUCUGUGUAGCUUUGCGCCUUUCCGCUUUGGAGACCAGGCUGGCCUCGAACUCACAGAGAUCUGCCUGCCUCUGCCUCCCGAGUGCUGGGAUUAAAGGCGUGCGCCACCACUGCCCAGCUUGACUUGAGAAAGUUUUUAUCCCACCACCCCUAGCUUGUUUAGUGCUCUUUGCUUAAAAAAAAUCACAGGGUGAGAAAAGAAUAAAUUUGAAGUUUAAUAUUAAAUUCCAUGUAUAUUUUCCCAGGCAAAAGUGGCAGAUUCCAGGGAAACCAUUAGAAACAUGUAGUGUUUAUUUUUCUUCAUAAUUUAUUUCUAGCAACUCAAAACGAGUUGUAUUUUUAUAUAAGUACAACACAUUGAGUUUUAGGUUUUUGAUUUUUUUCCCCCCUUCAAGACAGGGUUUCUCUGUGUAGCCUGUGUAUCCUGGAACUCACUAUAGACCAGGCUGGUCUCGAACUCAGACAUCACCUGCUACUGCCUCCCGAGUGCUGGGACCAAUGGUGUGCACCACUGCACCUGGCUUAUAAUGUAGAUUUCUGAUCAAGGACGAAAUCAAAAUGUGACCAGUAGGUUUCACUAAGCCACACAAUCUUUUUUCCUUCCUUAGAAGCAGACCUUGGCUGCCUUAGUCCUACAGGAAGCAAUUGGUAGGUGAUGUUAUUAGCCCUGUCUCUUUCAAACUUCCAUCUCAUGCUGUAGGCGUUCAGCUGCUCUCAGUCGAACUGCCUUUUGCUGUUAGCAUCUGCUGCCCCUGUGAGGCAGUUCUUCAGCCUUUGAUCUACAGUCUAGACAUCCCCUCUUUCCACUCAGGCAGCAGCCUCUGUAACAAUUUCCUGGCUGUUAGUAGGAUAGUGACUGGCUGUUUUGGAAGUGACUGAUAGGUCAUGAGUUUUGAGAGUCAAAAGACUCAAAGUUAAAAUGAAACUCGUGGUGUGCUUUGCCCAGGGAACCCUGUUGUAGUUUCAAGAGCAGUUUGGUCACAUAAUGAGGGAGGAGUGGGCAGGCACCCACUUGCUGCCUCUGUCCUGAUCUAUUCAGACAGAAGUUUUUUUUUUUUUUGUUUUUUUUUUUUGGGUUUUCGAGACAGGGUUUCUCUGUGUAGCUUUGCGCCUUUCCUGGGACUCACUUGGUAGUCCAGGCUGGCCUCGAACUCACAGAGAUCCGCCUGCCUCUGCCUCCCGAGUGCUGGGAUUAAAGGUGUGCGCCACCACCACCCGGCUAGACAGAAGUUUUUAACCACAGGAAUUGAUGAGAAUUUUACUUGAUCUUAAUGAUUUUCAUCAGAACUCUUUUACUCUUUUUUAUAGUCCCAAAAUUGGGAAUCAGCAUCUUCCUGCUUAAGAAGCUACAAUAAAGUUCAUUGUAAAUAUUGUUGGAAAUGACUUUCUAAAUGCUAAUAUUCCACUUUGGGAUUAAAAUAUAUUUUUUACAAUGCA